GUUUCUAAUCUCGCUGACUUUAUUCCUCUUUUGGAUCGGGCACGAGAAGGGGGUUUGCGCACUAGUGUUCAUUUGGCGGAGAUAAAGGAUCGUGAUUUCGAAUGGUGCACUUUUUUGGCAAGAUAUUUUCCUGAUAGACUUGGACAUGGCACAUUUCUACCUAUUACCGAGUUCACACUGAAUACAGAGAGUUAUGGAACUCUAGAUGAAAAUUCCUCUCAAUGCCUUUUGGUACGACGGCCUGAAAAUGAUUCCAGGGAUUCAAACGAUAAGCUUCAAGCCCUUAUUGCUUGUAAAGCUGUGUUGAAGAAUCUAAUUCCUCUAGGUAAUCUUGUUAAGCCCAAAUCAGGCUAG